AGGAUCCAGGAGCAGGGCGUGCGCUACACCCUGGCUGUCACCUCCCGCCAGGACAUGAACAGGGAGGUGGUGAAGACUGACUGUGCCACGGCCCGAAUUCCAGAGCUGGACUUUGAGAUCCCUGCUUUCACCCAGAAGGGAGUUCUCACCACCAUCGAAGGGAUAAUUGACAGAGCUGUGGUGGGCCUGGAGCAGGACCAGCCCCUCCGCAGGGCAACAGACGGAGAGGUGGCAAGUAAAAUAGAUGAGUUCAUUGGGAAACUCAAGCAGCUGAAAGAAGUCCAUUCCUCCUUCACCUUGAUCAUAGAUGAUCCCUCGGGGAACAGCUUUGUGGAGAACCCUCACGCCCCGCGGAGGGACGAUGCCCUGGUGGUCACUCACUACAGGAGGACUCCCCAGCAGGCUGCCAUGCUGGGGCUGGAGGGGGAGGAGUGGGAGGAGACGCCAGCUGAUUCCACAGAGGAGCUGAGGGAUGAGGUGCUGCAGUUCAACACCAACUGCCCCGAGUGCAACGCUCCAGCCAACACAAACAUGAAGUUAGUGCAAAUCCCACACUUCAAAGAAGUGAUUAUCAUGGCCACAAACUGUGACUCCUGUGGGCACAGGACAAACGAGGUGAAGUCUGGAGGAGCAAUCGAACCUCAAGGAACCAGGAUCACCCUGCGGAUCACGGACCCUUCCGACAUGACAAGGGACAUCCUAAAGUCAGAGACGUGCAGCGUGGAGAUCCCAGAGCUGGAGUUCGAGCUGGGGAUGGGAGCGCUGGGGGGGAAAUUCACCACGCUGGAAGGGCUGCUGAAGGACAUCAGAGACCUGGUGGAGAGAAACCCCUUCACUCUGGGGGACAGCUCUACACCCAGCAGGGCGGAAAAGCUGCAGGAGUUCAUCGGGAAACUGCAGGAGAUCAUAGAGGGCAGGACACAGGCUCGAUUCAUCAUGGAUGACCCUGCAGGCAACAGCUAUCUUCAG